AUGGAACAAGAAAACUUAAACAGCACUAUAGGUAUCCAUACGCAUAUGUUCUGACAUGGCUUUAAGAUGACGAACCCGGCGCAAUGCCAUCCAUCAACAAAAAUAACGCAGAUGGGCGUUUCAACUUGAAGUCACAUGGAUUAUUAACUGAUAAGUUGCUCGCGGAUCUGAAUAAAGGUGGAGCUCUGGAACAACUGUCGGAAUUUUUGACCCACCACGUCAAAAGCGACGCGCUACGAGAUUUUAAAGGUAGAUGUUGCACCAGUUUGACUCGCCUGUAUAUUUUUAAAUAAGUUGGAAGUCUCUUCACACAAUCAUACGAUUAAGGACUUGUGGGCGAAUCGUCGAUCAUAUUGCACUUUUUAAGUUUCUGCUUCUGUGUUGCAUGCAUGCAGCAGGUGUGCCCUUUGGAUAUUUCACGCAGUAUGCACCUUUUUAGUUCCAGCAUUUCGCCUGAUUUGCAUCGAAAGUUUUGACCUCGGGGCUUAUGUAUGUGUCAUUGUGUUCGAUUAACAUUGAAAAAUCGUUUGUCGGAAGGAUUACCCCUACACAAUGCGCUAAGUGAAGGACUACUUCUCAGAGCACUUGAUUUUUUUCAUCUAGCGAGGUCAUCUCUUGAUAUUCCUGUUACAUGACGUCUACGGUGGCGUUGCCACAGGUAUUCUGAAGAAGUUACUGUAAUAUCUUGCGGUUAAUUAGGUGUCGCGGUAAGCUGUCGCAGAAUCGACUGGCCUUCGUCCAUUUAA